AUGGAGGCGGCGGCUGGGGAGGAGAGGCGGGUGACGGUGACGGCCGGGGCUCCGCUGACGGUGGAGUGUCGCCUGCGGCCCGAGCAGCGCGCCGAGUGGCGGAGGGACGGGGCCGCGCCGCCGCCCGACCUACGCGCGGCGCCCGAGGCGGCGGCCGGCGCGGGGCUGGCGGCGCGCCUGCAGGCCCCGGCGGCCCGCGCGCACCACGCCGGCCUCUACACGUGCAGCCGGGAGCGCGACCACCGCGUGCGCGUCGUGGUGCUGCCCGGUACUGGCCGCGCAUGCGCCGUCUCUCCGCCCGCUCGUCCUCUCUGUAGUGUAGUCGUUGUGUGCGAGGAGCCUCCUCUGUAG